GCCGCUCCGGGGAGUCGCGGCUGUCAGCUUCAAAGCACCACCUCUUUGCACUCAAACUCAAUGGACUCCCAGCCCGCGAAUAUGACCCAGGCUCUGGACAAGGAUUUUGCCCUGACUCAAAAGAGGAAGCGGGGAAACAAUGAGCGAGGGUCUGUUGUCUAUCCCCGCCAGCGCGCCAUUACAGCCUGCACCACUUGUCGCGUCCGUAAGAACAAGUGCACAAAUGAAAGACCUGCGUGCGCAUCCUGCAUACGCAUGGGGGCCCGAUGUGUAUAUGAUGACAGCAAAGUCGAUCACUCCUCUUUCGAUCCCGCCAGCCUUCUGAUCUUGGAGCGACUUGACGAGGUCCUACGCCGUCUCACAUCUCAAGGCCUUGCUGCUUCUCCACUCCCCACAUAUGGCCUCAAUGUGGGACUUGUUUCGCCACUCAGCACUGGCAUCGAUACUCCACGUAAGGAGACUUUUAGUCCGUCUUACGCAGAACCUUUGUGUACAUUCUCUUCUGUCGAGCGUAUACUGGCGUGGCCUAUCUGGGAUAAUAGCGACCUCACGACAGCAGAAGAUGUCUCGGAUGCCGUGUUCACCCCGGACUUCGAAGGCAUCUGGGCUGAGCCUACUCAGGAGGACGACCUGCCCCAUGGGCCGAAGAUGCGUAGCUCUCUCAUCCAGACAAAUCCACAAGGGCAAGAUCUUACGGCCUGUGUCGAGAACUUCUUGCUCUGUGUGCACAGCAGGAACCCAUUUCUCGAUGUCGAUCAUCUCCGCCGUUGCGUGUCCGUUGUUGCAGAGUUAGGCCCCGCCUGGGACCCGUCCUCUUGUCUAGUGCUACUUGCAGCUGCCUUAGGUGUCGUUGCAAAACCGCUUGGCGCCGCUGUCCCCAGCUCUAACUCGAGUCACCGGAAGGAUGCUGACUGGGCAACGGCUGAGACUUACUACUACGCAGCGCGGCGAAGAUUCGGUCUAUUGGAUCCACACAUUACAUCCACACAGUGCUACGUGCUCUCGGGUCUGUACUGGAUCUACAAACUCCGACCUUCUCGGGCAGGACAAAACUUCACCAGAGCUAGCAUUAUGUACAUGAACCAUCGCAAGCACCGAGAAGCAGUAGCACGCAGCCAAAGACAGCAAUGGGCAACUUGUUUGAAGUACACAUCGAAUGAGAGGCGUACCUACUUUACCUGCGUCAGAUUGGAAAGCGAGAUGCUGGCGGAGCUUCGCAUACCUAGCUCGGGCAUCAACUUGACUCCAUGUACUGAUGCAUUUCCUCCGCCACCAGAGAGCGUAACAAAGCGGGCCUGCGAUCCCAACGGACCAAGCCCGGUCUCCGAUGAGAACUUCAUAUCGACACAGCAAGGCCAUGCCUCUACCGAGCAGGCUACAGCAUGGUACUAUUGCCUUACCGAGACCUCUCUCCGGCGAACCAUCGACCAGAUUCUUGACGUUUUCUACAAGAGCGACCACACUUCCUGGUUAGAUCGCCCUGUCUCACUGCUGCUGAAGAGCGCGCAUUCUUUCGAAGAGCAGUUGACAUCAUGGACCCAGUCGCUGCCCCCAGAAAUCCAGUUCACCGGUCCCGCGGCGUGCAAGGUGGGCAAAUACGACCACCACUUUGCCUUGCGGAUGCGCUACGUGUAUAUAUGUUCUCUCCUCUAUCGCCCAUUUCUUUACAUUGCGGCCAAUCUGCCACGGCAAGAGUUGUCUGAUCCCGUCCUAGCAAUGGCGCACAAAGCCAUCGAUAAUGCUUUUGCCAUGAACGAUGAGAUAGGCAUUCACUACCGCUUCGAAGGCACGUGGGCUAUGUGCCGAUUGGCGGCGGCGAAUAUCUUGACACUCUGUGCUGCCAAGCAGAGGAUGUUACUGGGUCAUGUCACAUUGGUGUUCAUCGAUCGUUCAGAGGAUGACGUAAAAAAGGCCUUGAAGAUGAACAAAGCGAGGCUCCAGUAUUGGUCGCAGGAAAGUCCAGACCUGCGAUUGUUGGCAAAGGCAGUCGAAGAACGGUGCAAUGUUGCCUUUGGUUCGUCGUAGAAGGGAUUCUCAAGGGCGAGCAUCUAACAUGGUCUUGAGGAGCAGACAAAGUCGGCUACAGGCAAUGCAUGUCUCAAAAGAAUAGGGUUGGUCAUAAGCUGUGGAGGCUACAAGUAUAUCGCUGUUACAGCCGGCAUCCUCUGCGACUUGAGAGCCGAGAUACCCCAUCCCUUCCGAAAUCGGGGCGUCCACCAGGUCUGCCUCAACGCCACUGGUCCUGGUACCU